GUCUUCUUCAUGAGGCGUGAUAGCAACGCCAGGAGACCGCGUGAGAGUAAUCACAACAACAGACAUGCACAGAAAUUCACCAACAAGCAAAGGGAAACCAACAUACGAAGUUCAUUCCUUACAGUCUUCAUCCACAAUAUAAUGCACUUCAUAUCAAAUAAUUGUUGUAUCUUAUUUCAUCGCCAGAUCAACUCUGUGUUUUGUUUUGGUCAUCGUUUAAAACCACCACCACUCAACUGUCUUGGACACUAUUAGUAACUAUUUUCUUUCUGUUACAGACUCGUUCUGAUUUAGGGUAUAGUGUUCUCACCGUAUUAUAGUAUGUAAGUCAUCAAAAACUGCAUGGUUUUCCACCACUACUCUAUGGGUAUCUCAAAAGGUCGUUGAAAUAAGGAAAUCAUACGGCCUUCAACCUGACGCCAACUUCGAGGCAACUCGUCCUCCUGAUUCUAUUCUCAGUCUCCGUCCCCAAACCUUCUUCCUCGCCUUUAACAACCACAUCAUCAAUAGUAGCCACACUCUUCGUCCGUAUCCUAACCACGAAUUCCUGUCCAUUUGCUUCAUUCUCCAGCCAUGCAGCGACACUGAGAAGCUUCGAAAUUGCUUUUCCAGUAGCUUGCAAUAUGACUUCCUCACCUUGCCCUCUCUUCUUAACAUUAUCCUCCACCUUCUUCAAGAAUUCCCCAUCAUUUUCGUUCAUUAACGCACGAAGCUCCUCAGUUUUGUCCUUUGCGUGUCCUCUAUUAUUUCCUUUGCGGUUAUUGUGUGCUUUUUGUUGAGAAGAAUUGGAUAUUCGGUUCUCGAUACCUGCGAGGUAGUGACGGACUCGUUUUAUGGUUGCGAUGAAAGAUGCAUUGGCUUUGACGUAGAUUACUUUGGGCGCAGUGGAGGAGGCCGAGUAUGGCGAUGAAAUGGAAGGAUGAAGGAGCGGUCUCUUGACUAUCUUGUGGGCUGUUUUUGUGUAUGUCAGAAGAGAAUGAUAGGUUUUUGGAGGGGUACAAACUUUCUGGUAGCCGGGGGAGCUUCUUGUGAUUGGGUUUCUCCGUGGCACUUGGGACCGUAUCAGACGGUUUUCCCGGGUUUGAAGUCGAUGGCGAGCCCAUAAUUGGUGCCACUGACUUAUACAGUCUCAAUCGUGGUGUUUUUGGAGAAAGGAUAUACAGUAUGUUGAAUCGUAGUCUGAUAAAUUUUGGCCGUGACGUUCGCGUCGGCAAAAUGCCGGCCCAAGCUACCCCAGAUUUUGGUAUGAUACGACAGGGCUAGCUUUAGCUAGGCCCUGCAGUGCUGGUGAGCUUAUCCCAACCUCGCACCAUCGGGACUUGCAGCAGACAACUGACACCAGAUACGUAUUAGCCUCUAUUACCUUCAUUAUGACAACGGCAGUAUUCCCGUAUAUCCAACCCGAUGAGCUCAAAAAGGCAGAAGUUGAAUCUACUGUAGGUACAUCCUAAAUCUUGCAUUUUCCCUGAGGACCCAUGAAAGAGCUUGACUAACAUACCACUAGGCUCGCGAACUAUCCUGGCUCCUGGAGAGUCUUCAAGAGAAACUUGCCGAAUUCAAGUCCGGGUUAGAAGAUUGCUAUGCGCUCCUUGCGCCGACCGAGGACCCUGAAUCUUCUACACUUGUGAUAUCGUCUUCGAAGAGCGAGCUUGUCAAGGGACAUGUUACUAGAGUUGGAACGAGGAUUGUCAAAGGAGUAAGUAGCAAAAGACGAUUGCAAACUGAAGGACCUCUUUUUCUGCAGAGCUAUCUGCUAAUAAUUGCAUCCAUAGUCUCUCCAUUUGAAACUCAAAACCCUUCCGCCCCUCCACCUCAAGCUCUUUGAAGAACACCCACUUGUCCUCCCCCAAUUGUCGCACCUGCGAACCCUCCUAAAUAGCGCCCUUGACUGCGUAGAUAUAACACGAUGGACGGGCGAUCGAAACUCAGCCCCAUUUAUAACCUCCCAGUUACACUUGCUCCACUCCAUUCUUCUCGAAGCUCAAGCUGUAUCCACAGCGCCCUCUCUUGUAGCCCCACGACCAGGAACCCCCAAUCCACUACCAGUUGCACCACGGACAAGCGGAGAGGCAGGAAAUGAAAACAACCCUCCAUGGUACGAAAGUAUAGUGGAUCCCCAAACCUUCACGCCUGCGCUACCCCCAACAUUAUCCCUCCAUCUUCUCCCUACUGCUUCAUCCCUCAUACUCACCAUACGAGUCCUUGAAACGACUGCUGCUCCACCUUCUGCUUUCAAUAAAUUUGCGCAUGCGAUAGGGGUUCAAAGACGUUUGGAACAUGAUGAAAUGGAUGGUUUGUUUAUGUGGAAGGGCGAGGAGGUACGGGUGAAAGAAAAGGUCAGAGUGGAGAGCGGAGGAGAUCCCGUUCUUUUGGUCCUGGGAGUAAAGCUCCAGAGUUUGGAAAAGGCAAUUGAAGCUAGCCGCUGUAACUUGAGACUUGUGCUUGGUCUGGAUGCAGAAGAUGAUGACUAAGAGGCCUUAGUUCUACUGAUAUAAGCAGUACUCGUUAGCGUACAAGCAUGUUGAUGACGAUGAAUCUAGAAAUCAUAUUGUCAUGUUAAUUUGCCAAUGCUGUAUCUAC